GGGAUUGAACUUGCAACCUUGUGAUUCAUAGUCAGAUUCAUUUCUGCUGUGCCACGACUGGAACUUCGCCUAUAAUUUAAAAAUUUUUUUAAUAAAAUAAAGAUCUAGCUUAUUUUCACAUGUUUAAUAUGUAUUACUCCCUUCUCUUUAAAGACUGUCUAUUAUUCCACUUUAUUCAUGUACUUAAUUUAGCCUGCCCCCUAUUGGUAGACAUUUAGAUUGUUAGUGUCUGAUUGUUAGUAUUAUCACAUGCAGUGCUAUAAACACAUUCUUUGAGAAUGUCUGUUAGUAUUUCAGUGUAUUAUUUUUCUAUCUGGAGGCUGGUUGGAUCUGUCCUCCCAAGUUAGCCUUACUGUGAUUUAAUGAACUACUUCAACAGUCUGAUUUGUGUCACCAGAAUGAGGCCAUGAAAAUAUGAAUUUCUAGGUGUCUGAAUAAAUCAAUAAAUAAAAAUUGUUAAUAUUAAUCAACUGUACAUCAAUAAAAUUUAAAAGAGAAGUUUAAAUUGUAAUAUUCAUCAGGACUACUCUUGACUUGGUUGCUACAUAUGGAAAUCAUUAAGAUGGCUGUGCAUAAGAUUCUGAAGGGGAUAUUUCAGAAUAUAAAUCCAUAUUUUAGUUAUACUUGCUGGAAGAUGUAUUUCUUGACAGUCAUUUCAUAAGACUAACUUGUGUUUUGACUAGUUAAGAUAAACACACACAGCCCUGCUAUGUCAAUCCUGUUAAGCUGUGGUCUUAUAUAUGACCAGAAGAGGGAGUUUUUAUUGCUUUAUGCUGUAGCACCUACAGCCUGGCUGGGGUAAUUCCUUCCACAAAUGUUCAAGCCCCUAAAACUGGUUUGGGGUGGAGGGCAAGGGCUAAAUUUAGCUGUUUCUUUUUGCAUCUAGAAAUUUCAGUCUUUAGAGUUACUUAUAUAUUUUGUUUUUAAGAAAACAUUUCUCAAAUUGAACUUCAAAGAAAUUGUAUACCUUUUCUUCUUGUGUGUUUGAAAGGUAAUAAAAAGAUCAGAGAAGGAAAUUAUCUCAAUUUGAAAUCAGUUAAAAUACAAGCAUUCAGCCCCUAAUCAUACAUGAUGCAGUUCUUAAUUCGUAAUCUCCUAAGGUAAAAAAUAAACUCUAGUAUGAAAUUUGUUUCAUUGCCUUUUAUGCUUGAUAUUUUAAAAAGACUCUUAAAACUAAUACAAAGAUUUGUAGCGAGAUUUAGAAAGUUUUUUUUUUUUUUUUUUUUUUUUUGCGAGAGUGGCUAAUAGGACUUUGUCUGUGUGAUUCUUACUUUGCUCAUCUGUGUUAUUAGACUCAGUCUACAUAGCCAAACGAAUGAAAUGGGUACCUUAAUCAGGAUAAAGUACUUUGAUGGAAUAUUAGAAUUGUAUGCUGUUUAAAUUUUUCUUCUGCUCUUCACAUGGUAUUUUUUUAUAACAAAAACUUGUUAAAUCAGUUUCUUUAUGGAUUUUUUUUACUGUCACACGAGAGAGGUAUGUAUCCUCCUAUGUAUUUAUAUAGAUACACAAAUGUAGUAAUCUUAAACAUGCUAUUUUCAAUUCAGUCUACUUCUAAUUUCAUUGGCUCUUUCUGCCUCCCCAACUUUUUCUGACUAUAAUAGUCCUCUGCACUCUGAUCCAUCCAUGUAACUUGGUACAUUGUUAGCACAUAACAGUGUGCCUCCUUCUGCUUUUUUUUUUUUUUCUCAUGCUCGUAACUCUUUACUGGCACAUACAAUCUCACGUUUUAUUAGCAGGGGCACAGUUUUACAAAAAUGGAUCCUAUUAUGUAUACUUUCACUUCUUUUCUACUCAACAGUACCACAUGGACAUCCAUUCACAUCCCAGGAUAACACUGAUCCCCUUUUUAUUUAUUUGUUUAUUGCUUUCUUUUUAGGGCUGCACCUGAGGCAUAUGGAAGUUCCCAGGCUAGGGGUCAAAUUGGAGCUAUAGCAAAGCCACCACAAUGCAGGAUCCUAGCCACAUCUGCAACCUACACCACAGCUCACAGCAUCACUGGAUCCUUAACCCACUGAGCAAAGCCAGCGAUCGAUCCCAUGCCCUCAUAGAUACUAGUCAGGUUUGUUACUGCUGAGCUACGGCGGGAACUCCUUGAUCCCCUUUUUAAUGGUUGCUUGCUCUUCUAAGGUGUGGCUGUGUGGUGACUUCCUCAGCCAGGCCCUCUGUCUGUGGACAUUCUCUUUGUUUCCUACUUUUUGCUUCUGUGAGCAAAGCAGUAGCCAGCCUGCUGCCUACAUCCUUAACUGCUAAUGGUUUUGCUUCUGUGGCAUAGAGACUCAGGAAGGGAUUCUUCUGGGGUCAGAAAGGAUAUUUAUUUGCAUUUUAAAUAGCUGCUACUAGGUUUGUUUUCCCAAAAGGCUAUUAAUACUUUGUAUCUCUACUAGCCAUGUAAGAAAGUAUGGCCAGCAGGAGUAGGUAUUUAUUAUUUAUUUUUCUAAACUUCCACUUCUUUUUUUCUAAAGCCUCUUACAGUGCUUUAUAUACAUGUGCACAAAUGUGAUUAAUCGUAAGUUGACUUUGACGUCAAUUUCUCAAACAGGUGCAAACGUUUAUGUUUUUACUCCCCGCGUUAUCACAUAUCUUCUGAGUGUAAGUGAUAAUGAUAUGAGGCAAAUAGAUCUUUUGAAAUGAGUUACAAUUUUUAAAAUAUUCAUUUAAUCAGUUUCAGGCAGUUUUUCUGGGAGAUUUCUGUUCGUUUGCUAUGGAAUUUACUUUAGGGAAGAAAUCUACUUCUCUUAGGCUGAGAUUCCUCUGCAAAAUACGUUGCCUCCUAGAGGACAGCUUCCAUUGAAUUUAAUUACAGGGCCAGUGAAAAACUACUGUCAGUUUUAUUUCUGAUCAUUAUCCUUGAAUUUGGUGAUUGGUCACCUUUUAACUGUUCACUUUGUGUAUCAAAUAAUGACUAGGCUGAGGUCAGACUGUGGCUCAUAUGAAGCCUGUGUAAAUCAGGCUGUGAGGUUAUACUUUAUUUGCCUGCCUCUGAACAAUCUGAACAGCUGAAAAGGGGCACACACACGAAGUAUGGCCAAGCCCUGAAGGAGCAUGUCCCCAAAAGAUCAGACAGUGUCCAGCAGAGGAAGGCUGCUGCUGCAUUACCUCCAAGGUCAGUCGUCCCCAUUUACAUGUCAUCUCCCACCUCUCCUGAUCUGGUGGGAGCACCUAAUGAGCAUUGGGUAAUAACCUCGCCGAGUUUCUUGGUGAAGCUAAUCUGAUUGUAGAUAGCAGGCUUGCAGGCCCACAGCUGAAUGAAUUGCUUGGUAUUUCCUAGUUUGAAAAUAUUUUCUCCCCCUUUCAAGUGCUCCUUGGCAGCAGGUAAGGAAUGUUAAAGCUCCUGUAAGUGCCAAUUAAGGCCAAUUAUAACUCGCCCGGCCUGCUGAGACAGUGAAGUGGAGUCAGUGGAGGCUUGUUGUGCUCCUGUAAACUGGAAACUGGCUGCCACCAGUGACAGGAACACAGGAUCUCCCAGCUGCCAACAGCUUGUUUGUUGCCCUGCAGAAAACCAAGUGACACCUCAGCUGGCUUCUCGGGAUUGGAUUUAGGAAAUCCCAAGAUUUGUUGAGACGUCAGUAAUUUCUGUAAUAGAAACUGCUGUCUUUCUUUGACUCUUUCUUUAUGUCAAGUGGUGCCCACUGUCCAGUUUCUCCUCCUUUCUAAAAGUAAGGGCUGAAGUGUAUUGAACAUUUGAGAUAAACUGGGCACUGCGUUACAUGUGUCAUGGCCUGUGCUCCUCACCAGGGCCCUGCUCCAAGAGGCAGACUUGGUGCUUCUCAGGGGAGGCCAGAGGCCUCUUGCCCAAGGCUGCCCAGCUAAAAGUGCUGAGGUGGCGCCGAACCCCAGCCCUCACUGCCCCUCCUAGCUGCUGCCUGUGUGCUUGUUUGCUGUGAGCGGGCUAAUUCACAGAAAGAUUUGUGUCAGUUCAGGACUCCCUUUGUGCACACAGAGUAAAAUUGAUGAGUGCACACCAUCCACACCACAGCCAAUACCUAUAAUUUUUGGUCUGUAAGGCAUGGAUGUUAUUCUAUUAAAAUGGUAUUUUAGUCUGUAGUCUUUUUUUAGUCUGUAGUCUGUUUUUUCGUAAGAAAAAAGAAAUGUGACCAUGUCCCCAGACCUAGACCCCAAAAUAUGAGCCAUCAGUGAGAGCGUCAGUAUCAAUAUAAACUUCAUUUGGAUGGGAUAUUGGGAAAUGGCUUGAAGAAAAUAGUAAUAAUGCUUUCCAAGCAGAACAGGGCAGUAUUUCGUUAAACAUUUUACUGAGGGCAUUAAGAGAGGUUUUUAAAAGUUCAGUCUGAGCUUUAUAUGCCCAGUUUUUUUUUGGUUGGUUUUUGUUUUUGGUCUUUUAAGGGCCACACCCAUGGCCUAUGGAAGUUCCUGGGCUAGGUCAAAUUGGAGUUACAGCUGCCAGCCUAUGUCACAACCACAGCAAUGCCAGUUCCUUAGCCCACUGAUCGGGGCCAGGGAUUGAACCCACAUCCUCAUGGAUAUUAGUCAGAUUCUUAACCUGCUGAGCCACAAUGGGAACUCCUGUAUGCCCAGUUUUUGUGGAUUUGUGUAUAUUCCUAUUGCACACAUUUAUCACCUUUUUUUUCUAGUUUGCAGUAUCAUUCAUCACUUUUUUAAUGUGGGUCCUAAGAAUUAAUUUGGAUUGUUUCUUUCUGGUUUAUAUAUGAAAUUAGACAUAGCCAUGUGUUUGUAGCAUUUUAAAACAUUUGCUGAAAUUCACCCUGAAAUUCCUCAGGAUUAGAAAAAGACCUUGUUCCCCAAAUUGUCAUGGGUUGGCUGGUUCUCCUGAGGAUUGUUUCCCCCACUAGCACCAUCACCAUUUACAAAAGGGAACAUUAAAAAGGCAAGCAUUUGUGCUGGGAGGCCAGCAAGGAGUCUGGGGUCCAGUCUGAGGAGUGCAGCAAUGCAAAACUGAGGCUUAGUCUGAAAAAGGUCCUCUUAUCCCAGUUCAUUUGUGCCGGACUCCUUAGCUGCCCCUUGGGAGCGACAGGGUGGGUGGGUGGGUGCAGUGAACAGUGCUAAGACUUGUUGCAGUCAGGUAGUACAACAAUAGAAAUUUUUUCCUGCUAGCUUAAGAAACCAACACUUUGGUAAAUGUCUUAUUUUUGCUAAUUAUCUCUGGAAAGAUUUGCUCAUCCUGUGCUUCUAAGCCUCGCUCAUGGCUCUUUCCUUGUGUUCUUCUGAUAGUUAAGGACCACCACAGUUUUACACUGUUUGAAUGGGAAAUAUUGGGAGUGGGGCAGUUUUCAGAAAACCAUCGGGAUGGAAAUAUCACAGCAAUGGUUAGGGUAUGAAUGCUUGCUGUGAAAAUAAAACAGUGUGGCUACUAGUCUUUCGUUGUACAGUAAAUUUAGAAUUUGUAUCUAGUCUACUAGAAGCCAUUUCCUAUGCCUCACAACUCUUUCCCACCCCUUCCAGGCCAAAUCUUUUCCACACAUGUAAUUCAUGACUUUUUGCCAAAUAUUCUGUGUUGGGUGAUGGUAUUCUGCAGAGGAAUUUCCCCCCUCCUUUUGACAUUUAAAAGUGUUCAUUCUGAACUAUCAGGCAUCUGAGUCUAUUUAUGUGUGCAGCCUUUAUAAUCAUAAAACUCAGAUCAGUUGGCUGCUUUUUUUCCAUGUCUAUUUGACAGUAAGAUUUGGCGAUUACAACAGGGGAGUAGUGGUGUGGGGAGUGUCAUAGCGCUGAGAUAAGCAAACAGCUAAACCAGGGAAGACACUGUUUACAAAGAGCCACUUAGAGAAGUUUUUGGAUUAAAAGUGUAAAAGGCCCCCAGCUAUAGGCAGUCAUCCAGUGAUUGAACUCUGGAUAAUAAGGUGUAUAUUUUUCUGGAAGCAGAUAUAUUUUACACAUAUGCACAAAAAAUGGGUUAAGAUUUUUCUUAGUAGAUUUAAGAAGGAAAAUUAUGCUUAGGCAUACCAAACUUCUAUUUUUUAAAGUAUAGAUAGUAGGGAAAUAGAAUGUGGAGAAAGACUGCUGAUAUUUGUAAAAAUGUGUAACAUUAAAACUUGUAGGUCCGUCAAGGCUUAAAAUGUAGAUGUAUAAUGAAUUGUGUAAAUUUUCUAACAUACCUGGUAGUAGGUGUCAGUUUAAAGUUACUUAGAUAAAUCAGAGUGUAAUUCACAUUUUAGCAGGUUAAACUUGUAAAUUCCAUCUUCCUCAGUUUUGGCCAGCUGCCUUUCAAAGAGAAGGAUUAAUUUACACCAGCCAGGACGCCUUGUAUGACCAUAUUAGAUGAAAUUAGACUCCACCCCUUGUUUUCUGUUGAUCUGCCAGGACCUUUGUAUUUCAAGUGCUUUUUACAGUAGUAGCAAAUGUUACAUAAGACCAAACAUGGAGCAUAUUUGGAGUUGGUGGGCAGACCCAAAUCAUGAUGCAAGCCUGCAGUAGCAAGUGUGCAAUGAAGCACAACCAAAUUAUGUGAAUGGAAGGUAACAAGAAGCCUCUCCAGAACAGCCCUUCCUCCGCACAAGGGCUGAGAGCUUCACUGGAAAGAAGACAUAGCUCAUCCAACAAGCCUUCUUUGGCCGUUCCUCCCAAUUCAGUAUUCUCCUUCUUCCCUUCUCUGUCCAAAAGCAAAGGAGGCAGUGGAAGUGGAAGCAGCCGUUCUUCCAGCGGAGGUGUUCUAAGCGCAUCCUCAUUAAGUUCCAAGUUGUUGAAAUCGCCCAAAGAGAAACUGCAGCUCAGGGGGAACAGGCCAAUGCAUCCCAUUCAGCAAAAUAGAGUCCCCCAUGGUAGAAUCAUGACGCCCUCUGUCAAAGUGGAAAAGAUUCAUCCGAAGAUGGAUGGCACACUACUGAAAUCCGCGGUGGGGCCAACCUGUCCUGCUACUGUGAGUUCCUCAGUCAAGCCUGGCCUUAACUGCCCCUCAAUACCAAAGCCAACCUUGCCUUCACCUGGACAGAUUUUGAAUGGCAAAGGGCUUCCUGCACCGCCCACUCUGGAAAAGAAGUCAGAGGAUAAUUCCAAUAACAGGAAAUUUUUAAAUAAGAGAUUAUCAGAAAGAGAGUUUGAUCCUGACAUUCACUGUGGGGUCAUCGAUCUCGACACCAAGAAGCCCUGCACCCGGUCUUUGACAUGCAAGACACAUUCCUUAACCCAGCGGAGGGCUGUCCAGGGUCGAAGAAAACGAUUUGAUGUGUUAUUAGCCGAGCACAAAAACAAAACCAGGGAAAAGGAAUCGAUCCGCCAUCCGGACUCUCAGCAACCAACGCAGCCUCUCAGGGACCCGCAUCCCACCCCUCCUAGAACUUCACAGGAGCCACACCAAAACUCUCACGGAGUGAUUCCUCCCGAAUCAAAGCCUUUCGUAGCUAGUAAACCUAAACCUCACACCCCCAGUCUUCCAAGGCCUCCAGGCUGCCCUGCUCAGCAAGGUGGGAGUGCCCCCAUUGACCCUCCUCCAGUCCAUGAGUCUCCACACCCUCCCCUGCCUGCCACUGAGCCAGCUUCUCGGUUAUCCAGUGAGGAGGGAGAAGGCGAUGACAAAGAAGAGUCUGUUGAAAAACUGGACUGUCAUUAUUCAGGUCAUCAUCCUCAGCCAGCAUCUUUUUGCACAUUUGGGAGCCGGCAGAUUGGACGAGGCUAUUACGUGUUUGACUCCAGGUGGAACCGGCUUCGCUGCGCCCUCAACCUCAUGGUGGAGAAGCAUCUGAACGCGCAGCUGUGGAAGAAAAUCCCGCCAGUGCCCAGUACCACAUCGCCCGUCUCCACACGGGUUCCUCACCGGACAAACUCUGUGCCGACAUCCCAGUGUGGGGUCAGCUAUUUGGCAGCAGCCACUGUGUCUCCAUCCCCUGUUCUGCUCUCUUCCACCUGCAUCUCCCCCAGCAGCAAGUCGGUACCAGCUCAUGGAACCACACUCAACGCCCAGCCUGCCGCCUCUGGGGCAGUGGACCCGGUGUGCGGCAUGCAGUCCAGACAAGUGUCCUCCUCCUCCUCGCCUUCCACUCCCUCUGGCCUGUCUUCCGUGCCCUCCUCCCCCAUGUCCAGGAAACCUCAGAAGUUGAAAUCCAGCAAGUCUUUAAGGCCCAAGGAGUCUUCUGGUAACAGCACUAAUUGUCACAACGCCAGUAGCAGCACCAGCGGCGGCUCAGGAAAGAAACGCAAAAACAGCUCCCCGCUCUUAGUUCAUUCGUCCUCCUCCUCGUCCUCCUCCUCCUCUUCUUCUCAUUCCAUGGAGUCUUUUAGAAAAAACUGCGUGGCACACUCUGGUCCUCCCCUCCCCUUGGCGGUGGCCUCGUCCCACAGUGUGGGCCCCAACUGUGUGGCCAGCAGGGCAAACUUGGUGGGUGCCCGGCAUGAGCAGUCGGGGAGGGGUGCCCCGGGUGGCAGCCCCGCCGAGCCCAUCAAGAGGAUGAGCGUGAUGGUGAACAGCAGUGACUCCACGCUCUCCCUCGGCCCCUUCGUGCACCAGGCCGGCGAGCUGCCCGUCAACUCUCAUGGCGGCUACUCACACCCACACACUCCCCUGGACAGACUCAUAGGAAAGAAAAGAAAGUGCUCGCCUGGCUCGGGUAGCAUCAGCAAUAGCAGUGGCAAACCCAGCAAGGUCGCCAGGUUGCCAGCCGUGAACAACGUGCACGUGAAGCACUCGGGCCCCAGCCCGGGGCCACCGGGGCUGAUGAACAGUUCCCUCCUCCAUCAGGUAGGACAGGGCCGGGGAGCCCCGGCGGCAGGCUCGUGGCCUCUCCCUUGAGAUCUUUCGCCAGCUUGGAGGUCCACGGGGUUGGGUUGGCAGGUUCGCCUGUGAGAAAGUGUCUGGCUUCAUGGUGUCUUUUUAAAAACGAAUGAAUUGAUGACCACUUGUGCUCCCGGAUAAGGAGGCCACCCCACGCGGGUGAGUUUUAGCAGACGGGGCUGUGGCACAUCCUGCGUGAUGACACAAUCCCCAUUGUGGCCAGGAGCAUGGUUCUGAGUGGAUGGCAUGCAUCCUGGACUGUGGGCCGUGCUUCCCAGAGGAGUUCUUGAGUAUGUUUUUCUGAAGAAAGCUCAGAUCAGACUCAUCUAGAAAGGGAUAGUUUAAAUUUGAAAAAGGUGUUUUAAUAUUUUUUCCCUUCAUAGAAUUUCAGAUUUUUCCCUAUAUUUUCUCUUCCCUGUUUUCCAAAGAGGCAGGAAAACAGCAUUUAUUAUGGUCAGUGCUGGAGACUAAAACCUUGAGUUAAUAGAUUGAGACGAAAUGUGAAUGUGGCCCUUCUAUAGAGCAGGACAUUGGGUUUAUACCUGAUCGUGGUGUUCUCAGGCUGUACCUUGUCUUUUCCGCAACCUCCACCUGCUGCUGUCCCCUCCUGGCCUUCCCUCCUGUACUGUCCCCUCUAGCUUCCUUUCUCUCACCUCCGGCUCCUCUCGUCUUAUUAUUUCCUUCAUCAGGGGAUACCUCCCGUCCUCGCUUUCGAGCAGGAAUUUUGGCAGCAUCACCCCCAGAGCGCUGGUUUAAAAUGUGAGGCUCUUUUUUGUUCUGUUUUGUUUUCCUUCCUCAUCUUCAGAACUUAAAUGCCAGGUUAGAACUUUUUCAGAAAAUAUCAAGUAGUUUCUUAAUGUGAUCUGAUUUUCUUUACAGUAUCUGUAUGAAUUAAUACUUGGUGCCAAAGGUAUGGGGAAAAUAAUUAUGCAGGAAUUUAAACAACACCACCUUACAUUCUUCUUUUUGAGGCACAAAUACAUAGGGGCUAUUUGUGUGUUGUUUAGAUCUUUGAACAGGGGUUUCCUGGACAAGUGAAACCUUCUUGGUUUGAAGUUAGUCAUUACAGUUUAUGAUAAGUAUAAAAAUGCAGUGUAAACACUGUAAGAAUCAGUCCACCCCUUCAGAACUCCCUUCUGAGUGUGGUCCCCUGAUUGUCAUGACUCCCACUGUCUGUGAUGCUGAGCACACCCCAUCUUCAUGCAGACCUGGCUGCAGACCUUACUGCCUGCCAGUAACAAGAGGUGAGGAGAGUCUGGGUGGGUGCAGCAGACGGGAGCAGAGCCUGUGGGAAGUUUGGGGCAGGAGCCCCAUCUACACAGAGCAGCUGCUCCCAGGGGCCUGUUACCAAUUUCAGAUCUGGACUUGCGUGAGAAAUUUGACCAUUUUCCAAAAGCUCUGUAAUUUUUUGUUUUGUUUUAAUCUGGUAUUUCCUACACAUUUGUCAGCAACGUUUGGCUCCUGAGCUCCCAGUUUGCCAACCUUGAUUCCCCUGUCUUGGGGGACUAUGUCCCACUAGGACACAUAGCCUAAGUAUGGGUUUUUUUCCUUAAAAUUAGCUUCACAGUAAGUUUGUAUUAGAGGAAGAUUUCCUCUGUGCAUCGGAAUACUUUUUAUUAUGCUGCACAAAUCCUGUGGGGGACCUUGGCUACAGAUCAGAGGAUGGGUGAGUCCCCAGAAAAGUAUUGCAUAUUUUUACAUCUGUGAUUGCUUAUCUGCAGAAGGAAUCCUGUAGUUUUCUUCAGUUUAGCAAAGGGACCCGUGACUCCAAAAUUCUGGUCAGAAGGCUGCUCUUAGAAAAGUAGGGACCUGAGCUUGCUCUUGUCCGUGGAACUGAUUUUAAGGCAGAAAUAAAUGAGCUGGUCAGAGUCCUCUCAACAGGGGACUCAGUGGGACCUGCUGGGGAACCUAAGAGAUGGGGCGAGGUGCCAACCUGGCCGCUGAGUCUAUGUGUGGGCUCUGCCACCAAGGAACUUAAAAAUAGCUCACUGUGGGACAGUGAAGGCCAGCGAUCCCUCUCCCAGCUCGGCAGUGCCUCGGGUGUGAGUUUUUACACCUGUGUGUGCUGGCCCAUUUGACCUUGUUCACAUCUCACUUGACAACCUGGAAUACCUUCAAGGAAACACCAUCAGUAAAUAAAACCAAAAGGCAAACAUGUGAGCCUUUUCUCUCAGCUAGAAACCCAGCCUGCAUCUCUUCUGGACAAUUUUCUAAAAGCCACUCUUUUAGAAUGAUUGUGCCCGAGGGCACUGAAGGUUUUUGAAACCUAAAGCCAAAAUCUAGAGCUGCCCAUUCCUGGCAUCGGCCAGUGGUGGAGCCGCGAGUGGCCUUGGGCAUACCUUGUUUAGCGUCGGGGCUGGGCCGUGUACAGCCACUUACUUACCUUUCGUUGUCUCCUUACCCCCUCUUUUUUGAAAGCCAAAGGCACGUCCCUGACAGCUGAAAAUAGCACGGGGAGGAAUAAUCUGGACACUUUUGACGACAAGUUACACCUCCACUCUGCACUCUGGACUCCACGAUGCCUUUGAGUCUGUUUUCCCAACCUCCUGUGGGCCUCGCGGGUAGAAAUCGGCCGGGCUGUUGCUUUAACGAGGAUGGCCCUGAAGCUAUGUCUGUAGCAGUGAGUACUCGUAAAGGACACUGGAUCAAGUUCGGCCACCGAAUUGCUUUUAUCAGUGUUAAAGUGGUCUGGACUGCUUGCUACAAUCUUUGAGAAGUUCCGUCUUGUUGCUGAACUUGCAGUAUAUCACAGAGCCACUCUUGGAGGAGGUUGGCUGGCACAAGAGUGUCUUGGCAAGAGCGUGACUGUAGACUUUUCUUCCUCCCUCUCCCUGCCCCAGUUCUUUUUCACACUGUCGCCUGUGGGUUCCUCUCCAGCAGUCAGACACCUUGACUAGAGAUGCCUCCCAGGGGUGAGCAGUGCUGCACCCGAGCAGCCCUCUGGAGGAGGGGGUGUGUGGUUAGGUCUUGUAGCACUGUGCCAGGAGUGGAACACGAAUCUUAGUGUAGGGCACCAUGACAAAAUAGCCUGUGUUUUUGGCCAGCCUUUUGCAAGUAAUUUGGGAUCAGAAGCCGUCAGAAGUUUCUAACAUACAAACUGCUUUAAAGCCAUUAUUGGUCAGGAGCAAGUAGACACCAUUUUAGAGGCUUACUUUCCAUGGUACAAAAGCAAUUCUGUGUGAUUAAAAAGAAAGAAAGAAAGAAAAUGCAAACAGCUGAUAGUGGAAAGCCAAAUUUUGGUGGGGGUGGAUAAAAAUCACUAUGGGGGGAAAAUUUUCCAAAAUUUCCAAAGAGAUGGGAUUUUUUUAAACCUUUGUUUUUCAUGUUAAACAAUACGCCAUUAGGUUGGUUGUCCUGCCCAGUCUCCUGUUUUUAAAAAUUGCCUUUGUAAAGUGUGACAUAUUGGCCUGCAGCAGAAACUGUCCUUGACAAAGUCACAGAUAGAACGUAAAUGUUUCCAAGGCACUCUGUGCUUUACCCUCUGCUUCUUUGGAUGCUGUCCUGGGGCUAAGUGUAAAUUUCCGCUUGGAACAAUCCCCACAGCAGGUGUCUCCACAUCCCUUCCUGCCCCUAUGUAUGUUUCUGUGGAUGCCAGUGGGGUGGGAAGCAGGCACCCGGGGAGGGGCAUUGGUUAGCGUGCCUUCUUUCUGGGGAUUCAUGCCUACCAUACUCCUGAGAGUUUCUGAGACCCUCCAGGAUAUUUUUUCGGCAUACCCCACUGCAAAAAGAAAGGGCUUGGUAGGUUGAAACAUCGUUACUUGAGAAUUGGGGGGCAUGAGCUGGAACUUUUUAGGAGAUAAUUCCACCACUACAGCUCUUGAAAGGAGGACCAGGCACUUUUGCUUAGAACCCACAAAGUUGCCGAAUGCAGGGUGGAUUUCCCGAGGCCUGGUCAUUGCCCUGGGCAGGGCCGGGACAGAGCCAGUCAGUGGGUCUGUUUUCCUUAUAAUUCUUGGGUUACAAACUUCAGUUUCAGGGAAUUUUAAGUCAACAACAGGUAGAAUGAAUAAAUACUUGGUUACCUAAUAAUAAUGUGAAUUGCUACAGAAUUAUUAUUAUGUAAGAUAACAAAAACUUUAUGCAGAUACUUUAGUUAUAAAUUGAUGUAAAAUAUUGACCUUUUUUUAAAGGAAGGGGAGAACAGUAUCUUGUUCACUUAUUAUGCAAUCAAUCAGUAAAUGUUUUAAAAUGAUACUGUAAGAGAGUUUGUAAGAAGAGAGCAUGGAUGGGCCAGUCGGGGUAGUUAGGAAGAUCAGUCUGGUUGUUCCAUCCCAGAAGAGGGAGAGAAGGAGGUGAGAGGGAAUCAGAACGUACUAAGUUGAUUCCUUGGUGACAUGUGCAAUGGAGAAUGGUAGAAUUUAUUUUGAGAGCCAAGGGGACUUGAUGGUUAUAAAUAAAGUUGCUUUUAGUGAUGGAGUUUAUAGACAGAUCAUGUUGUUCUGAAAGAUGUGAAUAGGAUCCAUGAUAGCAAGUUGAUUCAGAAUAAUGUAGAUAUUUAGAUUAGCAAGUCUUGAUCAUUUGAUUUCUUAGACUGAGGUUUUAAUUGAAUUUCAUUAUUGUCUCCCGGUAGUACACAAAGCAUCGGGAUUAGGAAAUUAGCCAUUUUGGAUUCUGCCUGCCACAAACAGACCUAUUCUAAACAGUGCUAUUAAAUUUUAGACUGUUGUUCAAAUAUUUUAUUUUCUCCUACAACUUUUUAUUACGAUGAACAAUUAAGACCAUUUAAAACAUGGGAGUACAAGUAUUUUUUUGAAUUAAAUUAACUUGCAAAAACCAAAUUUGCAGUGGUUGGGUGGUUUCUAGACAGACUUUGGUAUCAAUUUAAAACCAAGAUAAUUUUUAUAUUCUUUCCAACAGAAUUUCAUGACAACUCCUGCAGUUUUCUUAACCUACAAAAAAAAAAAAAAAAAAAGUGCUGCAAAGAUGAACAAAGAAUUAUACAAAACCUACUUUUGUAUCUUUAUUUUGGAAUUUCUUGUUCUAUUAUAAAUAUGGAAGUAUCCCUAUUUCAGAAGACAUAUUUUGUUAAAAAUGAAUUGUACAUAUUUAAAUAUGUAUUUUUGCACAGGUCUUUUUUUCUGAUAUCCUGUUUUGGUACAAUUGAGAUCAUCUAGUAUUUAUUUAUUAAUUAAUAAAAGUAAAUACCUUUUUAUAAUUUGAAGUGGUUCACUGCCAAGCCAAUAGUUCUAGAACCUGCCUCCUUCACAGUUUAAGGGAUGCCUCUGUUCUGUGAAAGUCUUUUGUCCCUUUCAGUGUCUCGGGAGUGGAUUCAUACAGAUGAAGUGGGCAUUGCUUCUCCCUAGUUGCCUGAUUUCCCUGGUAGACUACAUGUAAUAAGUGACACACUGCUUUUCUUUUGUUAGCGUUUUAUGUGUGAGAGAGUGUGUGUGUGCGCGCGCGUUUGUGUGUGUCUAUGUGUGCGCCCUGAGCACAUGUGUGUUAGAAUGUGAUGUCAUUAAAACUAAUGGAAAAAAAAACUGAAAGUGCCUGAACCUAGUUUUAAGCUUAGACAGAUACUUUAAAAAGACUUGAAUGUUCAGUUGAACUUUUGGAGUUUGCUUUUUCCACCUAAAUAUAAUGUUACUAAAAUUUUAGGGGAGGAGUUGAAAACCACCAAAUACUGGUAAUUUUAUAAGGUAUUUUAAAAUUAAGACCUUUUGGUUCACAGGAAUUCAGCUGGUAAUGAAUUGCCCAGCGGCACCAAGGGUUGCAAAUUAUCUUGUCAGCCAGCACCUUACAUCAUGUGUCCGUUUUGUUAUUCACUCAUGAAAUGCAGAGCUUGAAAUAGAAUAUUUAAAAUAUUUUGUAUUCCAAAAAUAUAAUACAAAGUACCUCUGAGAACAAUGAAAAAAAUGUAUAAUUUGAAAAAAUGUAACUUAUAAAGGCAGCUGUCUUCCUGCAAGAGUUCUGUUGCCAAGGAAUUUCUUAUUAUCUCAUUCUGUCCUGCGGGGGAAAACGUUGGGCUUUAGAAAAUGAUUGUUAAAAGUUUUAUUGUUUAGCAAAAAAUAAUCGUUUUUACAUUUUCAGAUCAUUUAAAUGAGCACUACAUACUGUCAGUGUGAAUGUAGGGCCUUGAAAGCAUUUUACUGUUUUUUUUUGUUUGUUUUUUUUUGUUUUUUUUUUUUGUUUGUUUGUUUUGUUUUUUUUUUUGAGCUUGGUCAUGAAAGCAAUCUCCUGUGUUAAAAUGUGUGAAUAGUUUGAUCAUUUGUACACAUAAUCAAGAGCAUCUCAGCUGGACUUUGUGUUGGCUGCUGUAUAGAACAUGAACAAAUGUCAAGGGAUAGAAAAUUACUUUGGAUAUUUAAAAGAGAAGAAAUAUAUAGUCUAUUUGUUUUGUAACAAGUUUCUGUAAAUAAAAUAAUUUAUACUAUUUA